CCCUAUUCCAGUCAGAUAAGCGUGUUGGGGGGCGCUGAGGGUGUGGACCUAUCUACCCAGAGACAACUACAGCAUUUAUAGCUAGUAACUUAUUCUCUCACUUUACUACAACGCAUAAAGCGACCAUUAUAAGUGUUCCUUAAUUCCUGGCUUCCAUUCCUGAUAAGGUCCCAGAUGAGGGACUAAUGCUUGCUGGAACUUGCCUGAACUCUUCAGGUCUUCUUAAUCUUAGUUUCUCUACCUAAAAAGAAGAGUCCAUCGACCACAAUGGAUGAUAUCUUUACGCAGUGCCGGGAAGGCAACGCAGUAGCGGUUCGCUUGUGGCUGGAUAAUACAGAAAAUGACCUCAAUCAAGGAGAUGAUCAUGGUUUCAGUCCCCUCCACUGGGCAUGUAGGGAAGGACGCUCCAAUGUGGUGGACAUGCUGAUCAUGAGAGGAGCCCGCAUCAACGUCAUGAACCGUGGAGACGACACGCCUCUGCACCUAGCUGCCAGUCAUGGACAUCGAGACAUUGUGGGGAAGCUGAUCCAAUGCAAAGCAGACACCAAUGCAGCCAAUGAACACGGGAACACUCCACUGCAUUAUGCCUGCUUCUGGGGACAUAACCAAGUGGCUGAGGACCUUGUGAUUAACGGCUCUUUGGUGAGCAUCUGUAACAAAUAUGGAGAAACGCCUAUGGAUAAAGCCAAACCGGAUCUGCGGGAGCUCCUAAGAGAAAAGGCUGAAAAAUUGGGGCAGAACUUAAAUAAAAUACCGUUCAAGGACACAUUCUGGAAAGGCACCACCCGAACUCGACCGCGCAACGGUACUUUAAACAAACAAGCGGGGAUCGACUACAAACAGCUUUCUCUCACUGAAAAAAGAAAUGAAAACCAGUCUGGGGAGAUGUGGAAGGGACGUUGGCAGGGAAAUGAAAUCGCUGUUAAGGUGCUAAAAAUUCGGGACUGGACCGCAAGGAAGAGCAGAGACUUCAACGAGGAAUAUCCCAAACUCAGGAUUUUUUCCCACCCAAAUGUUCUACCUAUGUUGGGAGCAUGUCAGUGUCCUCCCUCCCCUCACCCCAUCAUCAUUACACACUGGAUGCCUUAUGGUUCCCUCUACAAUGUGCUCCAUGAAGGCACUAAUUUUGUGGUAGACCAGACACAGGCAGUCAAGUUUGCUCUGGACAUUGCAUCUGGAAUGGCCUUCCUACACACACUUGAACCUAUGAUCCCUCGCCAUUAUCUCAACAGUAAAAGUAUCAUGAUAGAUGAAGACUUGACAGCGAGGAUCUGCAUGGCGGAUGUCAAGUUCUCUUUCCAGUGUCCUGGCAGGAUGUACUCGCCUGCAUGGGUAGCCCCUGAGGCCCUGCAGAAGAAGCCAGAGGAGAUUAAUCGUCGCUCUGCUGACAUGUGGAGCUUUGCCAUCUUGCUGUGGGAGCUGGUGACCAGAGAGGUUCCAUUUGCAGACUUGUCCAACAUGGAGAUCGGCAUGAAGAUUGCUUUGGAAGGUCUGAGGCCCACCAUCCCUCCUGGCAUCUCCCCACACAUAUGCAAGCUUAUGAAGAUUUGCAUGAACGAAGACCCGGCGAAAAGGCCCAAAUUUGACAUGAUUGUGCCAAUUUUGGAAAAAAUGCAGGACAAGUGAAAAACUGUAACUCUUCUCCUUUGUCAAACAAUUUCAAAACCUGGAUCUUUUUUAAUCAGAUGCUACUUUGACUCUUGAAAUGGUGUUUUGGUGCUUACCAGUAUUGCCUUAAUCUCUUUAUCGCUACAUUCAUCUCCUCUGAAGCUUCUGAGAGGGCAGCAGUCACUUCUUUUAUACAUGUUUUUUUCUUUUUCAAUUGAUAUGUCAUGUUAUAGUUUUUGUCAUGUAUGUCUUUGCAGGAGUUUGGCUGCUUCAUUUCUUAACUAAUCAUGUGGAUGAGUACAAUCGUUUCCUACUCACUAAACAACCUGUGGAGAUCACCAUGACGAUAUGUUGUAUCAGACGGCUGGAUUUCAGCUUAAUUCUGUUCAAAAUGUAAAUUCUGUGGUUGACUUAUGACUUAAAAUAACAGAUUAUCCUGAAAAAAAUACAUUACAGGAAAAAGGUGGUUGUUUCUGUGGCAAAGAACUGUAUUCAAUGAGCAAGCAUGCCAAACAUCAGAAGUUAGCUGAUUGCCUGAACUUACAAGGUUAUGCAUUUGAAUUCAUCAGUAUUGGCAGUUUAAUGCAAUCAUCCUGCAAGCAGUUUAAAUAAAAAAAAAAACUUU